AUGCUCGUUACAUCGCUAUCAAUCUGGCUACUAUAUGUAGUAGCCAACGUCACCGGAGCUGUUACCGCCUACAAGGACCCUCAGGAGGUUGCAUCGAAACGUAUUGAGAAACUGCAAAGACAGUACCAGGAGUACAUUCUAGCAACGGUCAAGGCUCGCGAAUCAGGCUGUACCCCGAAGAAUAUGAUAUAUCGUCAAGAAUGGGGAUCCCUCUCCAAGCGUUCCCGCCUCGAAUACAUCAACGCAGUCAAAUGUCUUCAGCGCAAGGAUCCCAUAACCCCGAAAGAAGCUGCUCCUGGUGUAAAAAGCCGCUAUGACGACUUCAGCGCCACCCAUAUCAUGCAAACCCCCUUUAUUCACUUCAGUGACUUACCUCGCAAGGGUAUCUUCCUGCACUUCCAUCGCUACUUUAUCUGGCUUUAUGAAAAGGCUCUGCGCGAAGAGUGCGGCUACAGAGGGGCGCAACCGUACUGGGACUGGACCAUCUCGUGGGAAGAUCCGCGAAAGUCCAAGGUCUUCGAUGGCUCCCCCUAUUCCAUGGGUAGCAACGGUAUGCCAACACCUCACGGCCCAACCACCAUAUCAGCGUUUGGUUUUAGUCUUGAUAUACCUCCAGGCACCGGUGGUGGAUGUGUCUACGCCGGGCCCUUUCGGGACUAUAACGUGAGCCUAGGCCCGGUUGCUUUUGAGCCCAAAGGUGAGAUGGGCGGGCUUGCUUACAACCCGCGUUGCCUCACUCGAGACCUCUCUCCACUGUGGACCAACAAUACCAAGCCGUCGGAUAUAGCAGCCCUACUCACCGACUGUGACGACAUCGGCUGCUUCGACGGGCAGCUCGAGGCCCCUGAUGGCGGGCAUAGUGGCGGACAUUUUGGUAUAGGUGGCCUCUGUAUAGACGCCUAUGCCAGCGCCGGCGACCCAGCAUUCUGGCUCCAUCAUGCACAAGUUGACCGCAUGUGGACUAUCUGGCAGAAUUUGAAGCCGAAAACUAGAACCCACCAAGUUUGGGGGACAGGAACGGCAUUCAACAACCCGCCGAGUGCAAAUGUGACUUUGGACACGAUUCUCGAUUAUAAGGUGCUUGCGCCUAAGCAGAAAGUGGGUAGUAUAGGAUCGACCAUUGACGGCCCGUUCUGUUACAUGUUCGGUUCGCUUGAUCCCUUCGAAUCGUAUCCCCAGACGAGACUGCCUCGGGAACAUGUCCAACGCCUCAUCCAUAGCUUCCUUAGCAAGAUUGCAUUCCAGUAUUACCCUCUUGACCUGAACGCAACUUCAAAUCCAUUUCUCAUCUCCUGGUGGCCGCUUGCUCUGGGCGACCCGGCGUUGUUUCACGUCUCGCUACAGACAGCAUGUCUUGACGAGGAGCUGCUGGCCCAGAAGGGGUUUCAGACUUCUGACCUUCUCAUGGCCGACUCUGUGGCAUUGCUCCGACGAAAGGUUGAAGAUACGACACUUGCUGUCCAGGAUGGGACUAUCAACUCUGUGAUUACCUUGGCAGCUAUCGAAUUUGGAAAGGGAAACACCAAGGUAUGCGAAAUGCAUGUCGAGGGAGUGAAAAGACUGAUAAACAUGAGAGGUGGCAUAAAUUCGGUGAGACAAACUAGCCCUCUCACCGCGAGAAUGGUCAGCUGGGUAUCAAUGAUCGUCAUGGGCCAUCCACAGUUUGAGACCCAAGAUGACGUUGGCGUUGGGGAUGGCAUACCCCUCAUUCCGGAAUGGCAGUUGGACUUAGCUGGCCUUCAUGAUGAUCUACCCUCGAAACUGAGUUACAUAGAGAUUAGCUACACUGUGUGGAAUGUCUUCAUUCGACUCCGCAAUGCCUUCAAGCGGGCGAAACGGGUACCACUCCCUGCCACUCAACUCCAUGACCUCACCUGUUUUGUUAUACACCGACUUCUACUCCCAGUUGCAGAAAUACCGAUUCCUCGGGAGUCACCGAUUACGGAGUGCAUUCGCUAUUCAACCGUUUUAUACAUGUUUAUCGUUCAGGGUCCAACUUAUUUCUCGCACGCCGUCAUAUUUAAUACGAUUCUCACCCGAUUCAUGGAAUACGUCGUGAAAUUAGAGUCAGAAUCUCGCUCAUAUGACUCGCUUGAUUGGCUUACGGAAAAAGUAAAGGCUGUGGCCGCUUCUCUACACUUGGGUAGUUGGGGCGAUGUCCUCAUCCACAUCAAUAGUGUCCUGUGGUUGGAGACGCUACGGGACGGAGAUACCUUUCGUCCUCACUGGGAUGCAAUCUUCACUGCGGCUAACCCACCAGUGCAGCUAGAUUUUAGAAGCCGCUGGUUUUGGUGGUACUUACCAGGCCAGGAUUUAUCGCAACAAAAUCCUAUGAUCAACAAGAAAGAGAGGACGCGGGCUACUUAA